GGGGAGCAGCAGUGUAGAAAGCUCAGGUCAGGUGGCAGCGGUGUCUAGCACCGCCGGCUUCAAGUCGCCCCUCCAGCCCAGUUCCAACACCCCCUCCGUGUCGGACAGCGAGGGCGAGAAGCCCGUCAAGAAAAAGCGCAAGAGGUGCGGCGAAUGCACGGGCUGUCAGCGCAAGGACAACUGCGGGGACUGCGCCCCUUGCAGGAACGACAAGAGUCACCAGAUCUGCAAGAUGCGGCGCUGCGAGAAGCUCACGGAGAAGAAGCACCUUUAUACAUCGGAGGGUAGCUACGUUCGCGGAGAGGGUAGGAGAGGAAGAGGCAAGGGGCGAGGAACGGGAUAUCGGAACAAGGUCUCCCGGGCUACUCAACAACAACAGCAGCAACAACAACAACAACCUCAGGCUCCUUCCCAGUCCCAGUCAGCUGUCCCGGUCGCCAAUGACAACACAAUGAUGUCCAGCGCUCCAGGAUCAGCGGCUCCUACGGUGAUGCCUUUUUAUGCAGCCAACACAGGGCCUCUGCCCCCACAACCUGGAGGUAUGGUCGAGUCAGCAGGUGGUUUCGCCCCGCCGCUCAGAGACCGUUUCCCGAACUCAGUGUGGCACCCGGCGUCCGGCGCAGAUCCAAACAGUGUCGGCACUUGGACACCGCAGGGCCAGUUCAUACAGCAGCUGCCUCCGCAGCUGGAAGACCUGCGAUAUCACCAUCACCCGCAGUACGCCAGCUCAACCGCAUACCAUCAGUCGCCUGCUGCGACAGGCUACCAGCAGCAGACUGGGUUCCUUAAUGCAGAACCGCAGACAACCGCUUCAUUCCAGCAGCAACCACAGCAGCAGCAGCAGCAACAACAGCAACAGUAUUCGGCCCAAGGCGGGUUGCCGGGCAACCGGCCGCCAUCAUCUCCAGCGCAGCAGCCACUGACGCCUAGGGGCGGAAGUGGAAGUUACUCACAGGUGCACACGCCUCAGCCGUCACCUAUCGGUUCUGCCAAUGGACAUCAGGGCAGCCACGCUGGAAAUGUGAAUUUAAACAACAACAGUGUCAACGGACUGCCGAACAGUCAUAAUGGCACGUCAUCGUCUGCUGUGAACGGCGUGAGCGGCGGGACAGUCCACAGGACAAGCGGUAUGAACGGGCAGUACAUGGACGCGUCUCCGGGCGGACAGUAUGCCGACCAGAGAGAGUACGUCAACGGUGCAAACAGCUACGGUUCGUCACAGGAUGUAACAAUGGCCCCGCCUCCGUCAACAACGCCGACAAGCCGCAGCAGUUCCGUUCAUAUGGAAACAAACAGCGACGGUUCGACAAUUCCUAGCGUCGUGAUGAAUAAUGGGACGAAGACGUCGGCCUCGGGCUACAGUAACCAGACGCCUACCAGUACCGCCAACCCCAACUCGACCGGUCACCCAAACGCCUUGCCUGGGUACCUACCCCACCCCCAAAUACAACACCAACAACUUCAGCAACAGAGUUUACACAACUCUAGUAGGUAUCCAGGCCAGGACAGCCUUAUGGGGGAUACAAUGCCGGCGCCCUGGAGCGUACCGGCAAGUAGCAGCGAUGGUAGAAUGGUGUGGACGGAGGAGAACAAGAACACUGCAGCCACCAGUAUGUACCGAGAGGAUAACAGGGCUAGUGUGCAGAAUGGCAUGCAGAGUGAAGCUUAUGAACGUAUAAACCUCAACAGUCGCUUAAAGACGAUGAUUCUGAACAAACAGAUGAAUCAUCAAAUGCAACAGUACAACCAGCACAUUCCCGUAGACCGAGCGGCAACGUCGGACGGCGGCGCCGCUCAUCAGAUCUUGAGUCCGGAUCAGCAGCAAUCGGCACAAUACAUGUCCUCGUCGUCAUCUGGCAUGGUGUCACAGAUGUCGGAGAGAAUGAUGUCGGAGAACCAGAACGUGGGACGCAUGAUGGUGUCAGAUACUCAUCACAGUAGUGUGGCAGGAGGCAGGGCCCCUGUCGGCAUGGAACGGAAGCAGCGGCUAGACAACCAAUCAUCCUCGGAGGUUAAUUUUUUAGCCCAAGGCCACCAUCCUCGGAAUCAUCCGUCAAUAAUGACGUCUGAGGGUGGUGGCUUCCCGUGGGACUGGAGCAGCUCGUCAAAUAAUGACAUGAUGGACGGUAACAGCAUAUCAGCCAUGGAAAACUUCAUCAAGUACGCAGCAAGCGAGGAUCGGGGAGGAGUCAUCGAGAAGUCAUUAGACCUAGGCACUUCCAGUGCUUCUGUGAAACAUUUUGUACCUAAUAAUACCUCACCUGCAAACUUCCAACAGAAAUCCAGCAAUAGACAAAGUGGUACCAAUGUCAAUUGGCAUUCCCCGAUGGUACCUCAGGAACAGGUGUCUGUGUCUUCAGAUAAUAGCAGUAGUAGUAAUAAUAAUAAUAAUAAUAACAUUAAUAAUUACAAAGACCAGAUGUUUAAGUGCACAGCCAGUGGCACUAACACAUUCAAGUGUAGGAGGGAAUGUUCUACUGAAGUAGACGACAAAUCGUUUCAAAAGAGAAUGGGUAUAGGACCGGGGUGUAGGAAUGAAAUCCAGAAUAAUUCUUAUGCCCCAGCGAGACCGGGCGCGGGCGUGGACGAUCAAAGGGUACAAGUGACUGCCACCACAGGAGUUUACCAUUAUCAACAAGAGUAUGAAUUGAGUACCCCGCAGAUGAAGAAUGAAGGAAGGAAGGUAACACCUAGCAGUAUGGGAAAUAAUAACUACUUUGGUCAGCAAGGUUUCGAUGGCAGUAACAACGGCUUCAAGAGCGAACACCGGAAGCCAGUUCCGAACGGCUCGAUGACUGCGGGCGGUUUUCACUGUCAGGUGUUCGAUAACAUCGGUGCGAGGAGUGACGUCAGGCCUUCUGCAGGAAAUGAUGCGUAUUCCUGUCAGAAUUUUGAGCAGAAUAGUAACUGUAACAGUCAAAAUGAUGUAAGAACAGCUACGCCACCAGACAAAGUAACAGAAUCUACUAAAGUCAAGACAGAACAACUGUCGUAUCUGUUUGCUGGUGACGGUGGUCCAUUACCACUGGAGAAGACAAAAGGUUCUUGGUGUUGUCGGCAAGGUGGCAUCGAAACGCCUACGCCCGAACAUCUGCGUGAUGGCUGCUGCCAGGGCUUCCAGACAGCUGAUGAGCAGGAUACAAAGCAGCCGUGGUCCCCACAGCAGCCUGAUGCAAGUACUGGAGAUGGAUGCCACAAUACAAACAAGGGCUUUGGAGGAAUGUCGGCCAAGGAGUUUCAAGAUCAUCUGGAGCGACUGAAGAACAACGUGAGAGCCGAAGUUCCCGACUGCAACUGCUUUCCACCUGACAAAUGCCCGCCAGAGCCCGGAUCAUACUACACACACCUGGGGGCAUCGGCAAAUCUCACCGACCUACGGAAAGAUGUAGAGAAGAGGAUGGGCUUCAAGGGCAAAGCAUUGCGGAUAGAGAAGGUGAUGUACACUGGCAAAGAGGGGAAGACAACGCAGGGCUGCCCACUUGCCAAGUGGAUAAUUCGUCGGUCAAGCAUGGAGGAGAAGAUUCUGUGUAUUGUGAAACACCGGCAAGGCCACAAGUGUCCGACAGCUUGGAUUGUAGUGGUGAUGGUUGCGUGGGAAGGGGUACCGUCACAUGAAGCGGACCGAGUGUACAAUCUGCUAACUCACAAACUGAACCGAUACGGUCUUCCAACCACGCGACGCUGUGCCACCAAUGAACCCAGGACCUGUGCUUGCCAAGGGCUCGACCCAGACACGUGUGGCGCCAGUUUCUCCUUUGGAUGUUCUUGGUCCAUGUACUACAACGGUUGCAAAUACGCACGCUCCAAGACUGUGCGCAAGUUUCGUCUGUCCGUCAGGUCUGAGGAACAAGAAGUGGAAGAACGAAUGCACGUGUUGGCAACACUGCUCUCUCCCUUGUACCAUUCUCUGGCACCAGAUGCUUUUAAGAACCAGACGCAGUUUGAAAGAGAGGCUUCAGAGUGUCGGUUGGGUUUUAAACCAGGGCGUCCUUUCUCCGGUGUCACCGCUUGCAUCGACUUCUGUGCCCAUUCGCAUCGUGACCUGCACAACAUGAACAACGGUUGCACCGUGGUGGUAAGCCUGACAAAACACCGAACCUUAUCAAAACCAGAUGACGAACAGCUACAUGUCCUGCCGCUGUAUGUGAUGGAUGACACCGAUGAGUUUGGGAGCAAGGAAGGACAGGAUGCCAAGGUCAAGAGCGGCGCUGUGGAAACCUUGACUAAAUUUCCAUGCGAGGUGCGUGUGAGGGCCGUUCCACUGCAGCCAUGCCGGCGUCACGGCAAGAAGCGUAAGGAAGAUGAGCCGGAUGCAGUGAUAGGACGGAAGGAUCCCGCCACCGUACACCGCAGUCCUUGCUCCAUGGGGGCAGUGGACCAUAGAGGAACCCCUAUUUCCCUAGACAUGGCAUCUAUGCUUGAGGGCAUGGAGGCGGCACAGCUCCAGAGCUCUCAGGUGUCAUCAACUGUGCUUGACAGUCCAGUAUCCAUGUACCAGGGCUGGAGCUACCAUCACCACCAGGGCGCCGAGUCGCGUGGUGCAGAUGCGUACGGCUCUCCUGGUGCAUGGGGACAGCCUCACACUUGGAUGGCAGCUGAAGCACAGAGGAAACAGAACUGGUUGAACUCUACAGCCGCAACAGCCGUGAGUGGAAAUUUGAGUUCUGGGAACUUAAGUGGUUGGGGAGCGACUGAUUAUGGCGCAUUUGGUGGUGGAGCUACAGGCUUGGCUGCUUCGGCAAAUGAUCGGGAUGGGAGGGUUGAUCCUGAUAGCACGACUAACCACAGUCUGGUGGCGAAUUCUGCAAACCUGGGAGGAAGUUCAAGCCUGAAUCCCCUGCAGUCGCCUCUCAAUACGAGUUCAGCGGGACUUUGUAAUAACUUCAAUGUGAAUAGUCCCACUGGCACAGGCCUGGCCCAACUCAGUGGUCACAUAAGUCCGCACAACCAGGCUUCCACUCCUUCUAGUCCGUUUGUGUUCCAGCAGCCGGCAUCUCCUUGGCGGCCGAGUCAGAGCCAACCUCAGCGGCAAAGUAGUUCUAAUGACUUGUUUUCGGAAAACGGGACCUCCCAACCUUCUGUUUCGCGGGGGGAAACAGUGAAUUGGCAGGCAGGCUCAGGCCUGCCAAAUACAUUAAACUCUGAGCAAUCCAAGAUCCCAUCAGCAUCAUCUCCAAGCACGGACGGCUCCAGUAAGCAGAGAAGCCCCAUAUCAAGUGGCAAUGAUGCUGGAACUGGUUCAGGACAGUUGGAGAGGUCUCCUUAUCCAUCUCAUCUGCCCCCAUCACCCUUCUCUUCACCGCAGUCCCAGCAGGCGCUAAACAGUCCACAGCAAACCCCCAUCGGCAAUAGCUCCCUACCUCCUAAUCAUCUUGGCACUAAUCCAGCGCAGCAGCAGUCUUUAAGUCUGCCACUUCCAGCGACUGGUGGUGACAGUGGCUUUUCACAGCCUCAUACACCCCAGGAAAGUAACCCUCAGUCAUCCAAAACACCUGAACGCUCAAUGUCAGUACCACUUCCUCUGACCCCCACGGACCACUCUGCUUCCUCCUCUUGCUCUGGUUCUAGUCGAGGAGGCUGGGUGACACCUGAGAGACCUCAGUCCACUUGGGACUACAAUCCUCUUACUCCUGCCCCACCUCCCACGACAUCCCCGACACAGGCCUCUCCCUUCCGCAUCCCUAAAGGUCGGCCCCCCUCUCGAACAUCAAACCUGCAUUCCACCAAUGGCACCAGCAGUAAUAACAACAUCAACAACACGCCACCGAUGUCCUCAAAUGAAAUGGGGUCGACAAACACAUCCCCCACAACUGGAGCUCAAGGUUUAAAUUAUUCUCCUUCAAACCAAACAUACUGUAAAGGUUUCUUGAAACCUUUCCCUCCUGGUGAAAAUUCUGUAGCAAAACCACUUCAUUUGGACAAUCAAAAUCAGCAAACUGGCUCAUCGGCUAACAGUAGUAUGAAGGACUCGUCUAUGCCCUGGGCGCAAGAGAACAGGAUGGCAAUAUCUGAACAAGGAGCGAAGUCCUUGGGCUCAGUAGAGUCCUUGCCGGCCGUGUCGUGGUUCGGCAAUAAGUUAAAUGGAAAUCGGAGUGCAAAGUCCAGUGUGUACUUGAACAGUACAGAGGCAGAUGACGGUUCCUGUACCGCGAUGAUUUCCGAUGUGACCACACAACAAGGGAAGGGCUCAUGUACUGGCAUCAAGCAGGAAGCCCUGUCAUCGUCAUCAUGGUCUUCCACAGAUGAAGCGAAGCAGCUCAAUGACUACCACGCAGCUCAGCUGUCUUACAACUCCGCUGCGGCAGCUUCCCCUGUCAAUGCAGGCAACCCCUUUGUUUCCGGUUUAAACAGUUGUGCAUCGAGCUAUGGCUACUGUGGUUCCACCGGCGGUUCUUUCAUGUCCGGAGGCUAUUCAAUGUUUCCGGAGAGCAAAGCGUGGAACGAGGCCGCUGGUUACGUGGAUUCGCGUACAGCCUCUGCUCCACAUGUGAAUAUGAAUUAUCCAUACCAGACUGUGGACUUCAACUCUCAGUUCUAUGCAGGUCAGUCUGCCAAGCAAGAAGCCGCUGCUCGGUCGGCGUGUUAUCAUUCGUCCCCUUACGGUUAUCAAGGGAUGAGCCAGUUUCACCCGCAGUACGCCGGGCCGGCUUCGCAAUAUCCUGGACAGUUUCACCACCAUCGGUGGGACGCACACCGCUGGGACUUGUAUGGUCCUCCUCCGUUUUUCCCAGUUGUUCCAGAAGCGCCCCGAUCAGAGCCUAUCGGUGAAGUCACAGACUACAUUGACAAUGAGGAAUGUUUCAAAGAUUCCCAGAUGGGAGGUGUUGCCAUUGCUCUGGGACAUGGUUCAGUGCUGUUUGAGUGUGCCAAACAUGAGUUGCAUGCUACGACAGCCUUGCGGCGUCCCAAUAGAUUACACCCAACCCGAAUAAGCUUAGUCUUCUACCAGCAUCGGAAUUUGAAUCGGGCGAAACACGGUUGGGACGAAUGGGAAGAAAAGAUGAGGUUACGUAAACUUGGCAUCACUACUUCAAGUGCAAACAGUGGGAGCUCUAGCACGGCCGGCGGCAAUAACGGUUCAAAUGGUUCGGGAAAUGGCAGCAGUAACAGCAGCUCAAUUGCAGACCUGAUCCACCUUCUGCCUCCUACUGAUCGACCACCAACAUACACAUCACAGUUCCUGAUGCGUACCCCAACCUUUACAACCACUACGUGGACGACUCUGUUCCCUAUGCAUCCUUGUAUGGUGACUGGCCCCUACCAAGAAGGUGGGGCCGUGGGAUAGGUCGUGGCCGGAGCGUUGUCCGAGCCUCUGUGAGGCACAGCGUGAGGCUGUGUCUACUGCUGCAGGGAGAUCCUUAGCUAAGAAUCCUUCUUUUCGUUGGACCGAAUUGAAGGUUACUCGCAGCACUUACGCUGUGGUGUGUUCUGCAGACAGCCUGAAAUGUUUGCUAGCGGCGCAGACUGCCACGCAGUGCAGAUGCCAAACAUGGAUGGGGUUGCAGAACAGACCAUAAGAUAGUUGAGGAGUAGCAGGUGUGAAAUUAGUAACAAUGUUGGUAACACUGCAGUGGAGUCUGUUAAGGGAAGAUAGGCCUUUUAAUGUUGCAGCUAGGAGAACUCUAAACAUUUUAUCAUUUUAAGAAUUCUGCAUUUGGCAGUUUGAUGCAUGCAAAUGAUUGUAUGUAUCUGCAUGCAGUGGUCACGUUGCUGGAAGUUGUUGAACGAUGCAGACGUUACUGGGUCAACUUCAUCCGCUGCACACAAAAUGUGUAUCAACCCAGUGUGGCUUGAUAUCCCCCCUUUUUUUUAAAAAAAAGAAACUAUCAUGGUUUGAAUAGUAAACCGUGGCUUAUUUUAAUAUGACGAUUAAAUAAAUAUCAUUUCCCUAGGUGAUACGUGACAUCAGGAUUUACACAGUCUGGUAUUGUAAUAGGUUAUAUUUCAAAAGUUAGGUACUGCAUAGGACUCGAUAUUCUUUGCCAUCACGUCAUGAAUUUUUAUGGACUUUACGUGCGUUUUAAAAGUUUGGUCUCCCUUACGUGAUUGUAUCUCUCACCCUUGUACUCCCUGCACCAACUCAUUCAACCCCAUGCCAGAAGUGCGUACACAUUAGUUACAAAAAUUUGUACUUAUUUUAUUUGGCAAUGGAAAGUUGUGUAAUGAAUGUCGACUGCAAGGUCAAGCAGAAGAUGGGUACCCUGAGACUUGAGUCCUGUGCGAGGUGUAAGCGGGUCAGUCUUCCCAAAUGGAAGAUUGUCCCUCUGUGUGCGCAUUUGAAUGUUCAGUGUAACUCUAACGCGCAGUACGCUGAUUUCAUCUUACGCCAAAGCACUGGAUUAUAUUUUAAAAUAUUUUAACUAUUUCAUGUUGUACAUUCCGUGAUAUAAAUUCUUAUACGCGUGGAGUUUUUGAUUGAACUCGGUUCCAGGCAGCGCACAUUUUAAAGAAAUGCACGUUUCUCAAUUUUACAUGCAGCUAUUUGAAAGGCUAAAUUCAGCUUCGCCCAGUCUGAGAAGAAAGUUUGUAAAUAAUGUAAAGACUGUCUUAAAUUUAAGUAUGUUCAGUGUUUCGGUCCUCACCAUGUUAGAAAAAGAGACAUUGCGUAAUGAAAAAUUCUGUAAGGCUACA